AUGGCGCUCUGGCGGGGGCAGCAUGCGGAGACCCCCUGCCCGCCCCGGCGCCUGGGGCCGGACAUGCCGGUCCCUGUCGAGAGCCGCGCGGAGCCGGGUCUGUCCCAGCCGGACGCCCCAGCCAUGGGCAGAGCCCUGCUGCCACAGCAGGAUGCCGGGGAAGGAGAGCUCCCGGCUCAGGGCCCGCCCGGGAGAGCAGGGGGUCCUGCCCUCCCUGCAGCCAAAUUGAGGGUCCUGAUCUUUGCCCUGCUCUGGAGGGGGUAUCUGUCCCAGCAGCCCGGAUUUACCCUGACAAUGCCGCAGUCGGUGUCUGUGCAGGAGGGUCUCUGUGUUCUCAUCCCCUGCACCUUCACGUUCCCAGCCUCGCUGGACACCUACAAUUCCCGGGCCCGUCUCUACAGAUACUGGUACAAGGAUCCAGCCAUUGUGGACUCUGAGCCACCCGUGGCCAGCACUGACUCCAGCCGGAGGGUGUCGCAGGAGACCCAGGGCCGGUUCCGGCUGGCGGGGGAUCUGCUAAGUGGCGACUGCUCCCUGCAAAUCAGCAAUGCCCAGCAGAUGGAUGCGGGGAGAUAUUUCUUUAGAUUUGAGAAAGGAACAUUGAAAUACAAUUACCGCUCCAAUUCCGAUGGCACUGACGCAAUGCUCACAAUCUCCGUGACAGGGCUGACGGAGGAGCCAGAGAUCCAGAUCUCACCGGCGCGGGGGCUGCCAGCGACGCUGCUGGCUGGGGAGCCGGUGUCUGUGACCUGCACGGCCCCUGGGCGCUGCUCUGGGCCCCCUCCCCGAGUCACCUGGACGGGGCCGUUCAGCGACACAGCCCGGGACGUCUCAGCCCCGCUGGCGAAUGGCACCUGGGCCCACAGCUCUGUGCUCAGCUUCACGCCCAGCCCGGGGGACCACGGCAAAGAGCUCAUCUGCAGCACUAGCUACAGGCCACCAUGGGGACCUUCCACCCGCAGAACCAUCCAGCUCCAUGUUGUCUGCCAUGGAGGCAACGUCCGCGCUGCAAUCGGAGACCCGCAGCCCGAGCCCCACCCGCCCGGGCCCCCCAACAUCACCUGGAACCUGACCAGGAACGGACGCCCCGGACUGGCCCCAUUGGGAGCUGAGGGUGACAUUGUGUCUCUGGAGACCCACGAGGGCGACUCCCUGAACCUGAGCUGUGAGGCUGGGAGCAGACCUGAGGCCACCCUGAGCUGGGCCAGGACGAACAGGUCCCUGAUCCCUGGCCAGGGAAGGGACCGGCACUUGGAGCUGCCGAAUCUCAGCAGAGGGGACGCUGGGGAGUAUCGGUGCUGGGCAAAGAAUUCCUAUGGAUCAGCCAGCCGGGCCCUGCGUGUGCACGUGCAGAACAGCCCCCGGCCGGGGACCAGGCUGAACUCGUCCUGCCAGCACCAGGGGCCCAGCGUCAACUGCAGCUGCUCCCUGCGCUCCCACCCCCCACUCCGGCUCCAGUGGCAGGUGGAUGGGGAGCCCCUGGCUGGGAACGGCUCAUGGGGAGCCCUGCAGGUCAGCUCGUGGGCCCAGGGGGACGAGGCCGUCAGCACCCUGAGCUGGACGGGGAGCGGGGACAGGGGCCCCAAGAUCUUCUGCCUUGGCUCCAACCCCCACGGGACCUACGCCGCCCUGCACUUUGAACUCAGCCCCCCACAGAGAGGUGCGGAGGAGCCUGGCAAGCUGCUGGGCGUCGGGGUGGCCUGUGGGAUGGGGGUCGCCGUUGUCUUCUUUCUUCUCAGGCUCUGUGUGAUCAAGCUGUGGGGCCAGGAUCUGGUGCCCCCCAGCUCUGAGGCCGGGGAAAUGGCUAACGGGAGCCAGGACGAGCACACAGCUGACGAUACCAGCCUAAUCUACAUUAAUGUCAACACCAUCCCCAUAGAGACUCCAGCCACCCACCGGACCAAAGGCGCCCAGGACGGGGCUGCCACAGCCCAGGCCCCGCUAGACCCCGGGGAGCCAGACGAGCUGCAGUACGCUUCCAUCAACUUCUCCAAGCUGCAGUGCAAAGUGGGGGAGCCUUCGGAGGACCCGGACACAGAAUAUUCUGAGGUCCGGCUGAAAUAGCCCCCUCGCGCCACGGGCCCAGGCUGGGUGUCUCCGGCUCGUCCAGUGUGAGGGCGGGGGUCACAGUGAGGAGGGAAGGAGGCAAGGGGUCAGCCCAGGGCUGGAGCCAUGACAUUGGAAACCUGGGUGCAAAUCCCUGCUUGGCCCCGGACUCAGGGCGGAGUCAACUAGGCCUUGGAGAUGCUGGAGCACUGCAUUGUGGGGAGGUAUCCCAGAGUCCUUUGCAGCCGGGUCCCAAAGCCUGCCCCCUCCCAAACCCCACUGUCCCUGGGGGAAAGAGCCUCUCACCCCUCAGCCAUAGAUCAUCUCUCUUCUACCUUGCCUGAGCCCUCACCCCCUCGUUUCACAGAUGGACAGGAUUUUCAAGCGCGGGGGCAGCAGUUGGCAGGAGCAGGGGGAUGGGCUUGUGUCUAAGGUGCUGGCCUGGUACUCGGGCUUCCUGGCUUCUAGUCCCUGCUCCACUGAAACUACUGUAGGUGAGGUUGGGCCAGUUGCUGCAACUGUCUGGCCUCAGUUUCCUCACCUUGAAAAUUGGGAUAAUAAUGGUGCCAUGGGCUAGUUAUGUUAUAAAUUCUUAGGGGUAGGGACUGUCUCUCGCUGUGUGUCUGCCCAGACACACAACGGGCCCUGGUCUCUGUCUAGGUCAAUCAGUGCUACGUGAUUAUAACUUCUUAAUAACAAUGUUCUAUUGAAGGUAACAUGUUCACUCCAAAGCCAAAAGCAUCCGACUGUAAAAUUCCCUGUUUACAAACUGUUACUUGAAAUAGAUUUUCAUGUGUCAUUUUUUGUCACUGCUACUUUUUUAACAAAGGGACAAUAACAACUAUGACUUAUUUGUGUCCAGUAAAGAAUCAGUUUUCACGUCUGCCGUUCCCCGGGAAGGCCCGGAUUGCAGCUGGUUUCUGGGCAGGGCCGGGCAUAACAUGGCCCCGAUCCCAGCUAGGGCAGGGCCUGUCCCCUCACUGUGCCUGGGCA